UGGUCAGAUUGUCGCCUUUCUGAAUUCUCUAGAACGAUGAAGUUUGCACUCGUGGUUCCCAUACUGCUAGAGCUUUUUCUUGCCACACACGCCUGUACUGAAAUCCGUGUGACCGCUGAGGACAAAACAGUUGUAGUCGGACGAAGCAUGGAGUUCAUGAUCGAUCUCGUGUCGCACAUCGUAGUAGAGCCCAAGGAUUACCCCCACUCUGCAAAACUACCAAAGACCUGUUCCCGUAGUUCAUCAGCAAUGACUUGGACGAACAGCUACAAGAUCGCAUACCUUGACGCUUGGGACUCGCCUGUUGGCGCUGAUGGCCAAAAUGACGCUGGACUCUCCGUGGGUGCACUCCUCUUUCCAAGUUUUUCCAAGUAUCAGACCGUCCCCAAAAGCAAGUGUGGCUUGGCCAUUUCCAACUUGGAGUUUACGGUAUGGAUUUUGGGCAACUUUGCAACUAUUGAAGAGGUUCGAAGGGCUUGGAAAAAGGACUCAUUCCCUCUUGUGUGGGAGCAACCUCUGAAAGGGGAAACCUUUGAGCUGCACUGGUCUAUCACUGACAAAAGUGGUGACGGCAUCAUUAUUGAGUACACCGAACAGGGACCAUCUAAGUUCGCUCAUGAUCCUUUGGUAUUGGGUGAAACAACGUUUCCACCCACUGGCCAAGGAAGUGGACUUCUUGGUGUUCCAGGAGAUUUCACUCCCCCGUCGAGACUGGUACGAUCUGCAGCCAUGGUGCACUUUGCUGAUACAGCCAAGAGAAGUGACGAGGCGGUAAAUUUGGCUUUGCACAUCAUGAACACUGUUGAUAUUCCUCACGGAGUCGCUGCAUCCCAUGAUCAUGAAAGCAUGGCCGACUACACUUCUUGGAUUGUGGUCAAGGACCUCACCAACAAGGCAAUGUACUUUCGCAAUUAUGAAGAUCUCACCGUCCGUGUGAUUCAUCUCGACAAAGUGACCCCUGGCAAGAAGUUGAAAAUCAAAGUUGGAACUCCUAUUGGUGGGUUUGUGGAUGUCACAGGAGAUCUUCAGGAUGCUCAAGCCCAUACUGAACUUUAAGAAACAGAAUUGUUUUUCUGUUUGUUGCCAAUGUUUUCCCCUCAAUAUAGAGAGAAAUAAUGCCAAUUAAUUCUGAUGGUAGCCUUUCGUGUACGUUCCUAUGGUAAUUUUUUUAAAACUAUCUACAAUUUGUGUACGUUCAUUAAGGACCUCGCCUGAGGCAAUCCUCAGGAAGUCUGUAAGAGGUUAUUAUUGUCGUUUAAGUAAAGGUCUUAACAAUUCUUGAGAAAUGAA